GUACCAGAUUGUCAUUACAUACUUGUCGGUCAACGAUAUCGGUAAGAUACUGUUACAAGCAUGGCGGAAACUGGCAAUGUUCAAGCUAAGAUCCCAAUUGCAGAUGGCAAUAAUGAUGAUCAGGCUAAAGAUGAACAACCUUCUCCCCAAAAGAAAAUUAGAGCGCUGGUUCUCUCUGGUUUUGGCGGCUUGAAAUCCGUAAAAAUAAUGGAGAGAUUAGAACCAACAGUAGGGAAGGAAGAAGUACUGAUUCGAGUGAAGGCAAGCGGAAUGAAUUUCAUCGAUUUAAUGGUAAGGCAAGGUGUGAUCAACAAUUUGCCUAAAACUCCUUUCGUCAUGGGGUUUGAAUGUGCAGGGAAAGUGGAGGCUGUAGGUGAAGAGGUUACAGAGCUCCAGGUUGGAGACAGUGUAGCUGCUCUAACAGAAUACAAAGCUUGGGCUGAAUUGACCAACGUUCCAGCAAAAUUUGUCUACAAACUUCCAACUGGAAUGAGCUUUCAAGACGCUACUGCGCUUCUCAUGAGCUUUGUUAUUGCCCAGAUUUUAUUGUUUGAUAUCGGAAAUAUUCGCAAAGGACAAAGUGUCUUGGUGCAUUCUGUUGGGGGUGGAGUGGGCCAGGCAGUUGCGCAGUUAUGUAAGACUGUCCCUGACGUCAUCGUGAUUGGUACAGCAUCACGACAUAAGCACGAAUCCAUCAAAGACUCAGUGACCCACGUUAUCGACCAUGACAGCGAUUAUGUCCAAGAAGUCAAAAAGUAUGAACUGUCACAAGAUGGCGUUGACCUUGUUUUGGAUUGCUUAUGUGGUGAUGAUACUAACAAAGGAUACUCGCUGCUGAAACCUCUCGGUCGUUAUGUUCUAUAUGGAACCUCGAAUGUUGUGUCUGGAGAAACAAAGAGCUUCUUCACUUUUGCCAAAUCUUGGUGGCAGGUGGACAAAAUCAGCCCCAUGAGGUUGUUUGAUGAAAAUAAGUCUCUUACUGGGUUCCAUCUUCGUCACCUUCUGUACCAGCAGGGUCAAGAUAAGUAUGUUCGUCAGGUGGUAAACACAGUGUUUGAACUCUGGUCAAAUGGGAAAAUCAAACCUGUUAUUGAUUCAACAUGGGCAUUUGAAGAUGUUUCCGAAGCCAUGCAGAAACUACACGAUCGUAAGAACAUUGGUAAAAUAAUUCUCGACCCCAGUAUGGAACCGAAAUCAAAGCAGCAGGCGAACGCUGGAAAAGAUAAAGAAACUACGGAUGAAAAGGCUGUUGCUGGAAAUAGAGAGACAGAAAAGGUCAACAAAGAAUAUGAAUCAUCUUCAUCUUCGUCUGCCAAAUAGCAAUGUAGCCAUCCCUUGGAGAUCACCCUAUACACAAGUCAAAGAUCUGGAAAAUGGAUUUUUCAUACAUUUAGAGCUGCAACUCCCAGUCAACCAGCUAUUUAUUUUAUGUAUGUGUUCCUGUUGUUGCUAUUUAAUUACAACUAUCUAAAGAUCACAUGCAGGACAUCAGUGUCAACUUCAUUGCUUCAGCAUUAUAUUAAUAACAAGGUUAAUUCUAAGCUGGUAACCAACAAGCCUGUUUCUACUGUUCCAGAGGACUAGAAAGAAUCUUAAAUAUAAUAUUAUAUUAACAGCAUUUAAAUGUAAUUUACCAUAAAAGUUUCUUCUUACAAAGAAGUCUUAAGAAUAUCUUACUGACCCUGAAGGGAUUUGUCUGUUAUAUGCAUAGUUAUAUGUUACUAAGACAAUUCAAUGUUGUAGGUCCAUGUAGUCAAUGAAAAAUUAUGACAUAAUGUUACACUAAACUUUUAUUGUUGUUUUUGGAUAACUAUUGAAUGUUACUUCAGGGCUUGGCAUAUGUUCAUUAUACCAGCUACCUAGUAAACCAUUGCAAAAAAUAAUAAACAAAAGAAUGUUAUUAACUUUGAACUGUAUGAAAAUGUAACACAUACUGAAAAAUGCUUUGUACUAGCAAAUUUGUAUUAGCACGAUAUUUCAUAGAUUAAAUACUAAAAACUUUAAAGGUCAAUAAAAGAGCAAACUUCUGAUUCAGUAUAUAAAAUAUGA